AUGGGCCACACAGCAGUGGCGCUGGUGUCCAGGAGGCAGGAGGAGCGGGAGGCACUGGAGCGCGAACAGGCACGGGCCAAGCGUUUAGCUGAAGCAACAGCCUCGUUGGCGCCCAAGGUGGAAAGGGACUGGGGAAGGGCGUGCGGUCCGACCGCCUCGUUCCGGGAGUCGGACACCGGGGGGUUGCAGUGCAAGCUGUGGCAUGCCAUGGGACUGGAGGUAGACAGGGCCCCUGAUGCAGCGGAGAAUAGCGGAGGGGCGCAGCCUCCCAAAGUGGGCCCUGGCGAGGUGAGCGUGGUGCUGCUCUCCGGCGGCACCGGCAAGCGAAUGGGCGCCGCCAUCCCCAAGCAGUAUCUGAAGAUCCUGGGCGAGCCGAUCUGCACCUACUCCUUUCGGACGUUCCUUGCCAUGCCAGAGGUCGCGGAGGUGGUGGUCGUCUGCGACCCCAGCUGGCGGCACGUUUUCGAGGAGGCCUACGCCGGGUCCACGCAGCACGCGGCCCUGGUCUUCUCCCAGCCGGGCGUCGAGCGCCAGGACUCCGUCUUCAACGGAUUCCAGGUCAUCCGCCCCUCCUCGACCCUGGUGGCCAUCCACGAUUCGGCACGGCCCCUGGUCAAGCCCGAGCACGUGCGCCUGUGCCUGCAGGAUGCGGCGCAGGUCGGCGCCGCGGUGCUUGGCGUGCAGGCCAAGGCCACGAUCAAGGAGGUGGACGGCGCGCUGGGCGUGGUGCGCACGCUACGCCGCGACGCGCUGUGGGAGGUGCAGACGCCGCAGGUCAUCGCGCCGGUCCUGCUGCGCGCGGGCUUCGACCUGGUCCGCCGGCGCGGGCUGGAGGUCACCGAUGACGUGUCCAUCGUGGAGGCGCUGGGGGAGCCAGUGCGGGUGACCAGCGGGUCAUACACCAACAUCAAGGUGACGACGCCCAGCGACAUCCUGAUCGCGGAACGCUUCCUGAAGUACGACGGGGGACUGGUGCCCGCGCUGGCCGAGGCGAGGAAGGAGGUGGAGCAGCCGGUGACGUGA